AUGAAUGAAAUAAUUGUAGAAGUCUGUUAUUGUAUUCCAGCACCCUUAGGUUAUGUGGCUGGUGUUGGUAGAGGAGCAACUGGAUUUACUACACGAUCUGAUAUCGGUCCAGCAAGAGACGCCAAUGACGUAUCGGAUGAUCGGCAUGCACCCCCAGCAGCUAAACGUAAAAAGCCAGAGGAGGAGGAUGAUGAUGAGGACCUCAAUGACUCUAAUUACGAUGAAUUCUCAGGAUACAGUGGAUCAUUAUUUUCAAAGGAUCCUUACGACAAAGAUGAUGCAGAAGCUGAUGCAAUAUAUGAAUCUAUUGACAAGAGAAUGGAUGAAAAGAGAAAAGAAUAUAGAGAAAAGCGCCUUAAAGAAGAUUUAGAGAGAUACCGUCAGGAAAGACCAAAGAUCCAACAACAGUUUUCGGACCUAAAACGUGAACUAAAAUCGGUGUCUGAAGAUGAAUGGUCGGCUAUACCCGAAGUAGGCGACGCUCGAAACAGAAAGCAACGAAACCCUCGAGCAGAAAAGUUUACGCCCUUGCCGGAUAGUGUGCUGUCUAGGAAUUUGGGUGGAGAGUCCAGUUCCUCAAUCGAUCCUGGUUCUGGAUUGGCAUCUAUGAUGCCUGGUGUAAUGACACCAGGAAUGUUAACACCAUCCGGUGACUUGGAUCUUCGAAAGAUUGGGCAAGCCCGUAACACACUCAUGACAGUAAAACUAUCACAAGUGUCUGACUCUGUGACGGGUCAGACGGUGGUCGAUCCUAAGGGAUAUCUCACGGAUUUGCAGUCUAUGAUACCUACAUACGGCGGUGAUAUUAACGACAUUAAGAAAGCCAGGUUACUCUUGAAAUCUGUCAGAGAAACUAAUCCCAAUCAUCCUCCUGCAUGGAUUGCUAGUGCGAGAUUGGAAGAGGUUACAGGGAAGGUCCAAUCAGCACGUAACCUUAUAAUGAAAGGUUGCGAAGUAAACCCGAGCAGUGAAGAGCUAUGGCUGGAAGCAGCCCGGUUACAGCCUCGAGACACCGCGCGUGCGGUCAUCGCUCACGCUGCCAGAAAUCUGCCGCACAGUGUCAGGAUAUGGGUGAAAGCGGCAGACUUAGAACAGGAAGUCAAGGCAAAGCGGCGUGUCUAUCGCAAAGCUCUUGAACACAUACCCAACUCAGUCCGUUUAUGGAAGGCAGCCGUGGAGCUCGAGAACCCGGAAGACGCUCGUAUCUUACUUUCAAGAGCCGUGGAGUGUUGUCCUACAAGUGUAGAGCUCUGGCUCGCGUUAGCAAGACUCGAAACCUACGAGAAUGCAAGAAAAGUGCUAAAUAAAGCACGAGAGAAUAUACCUACUGACAGGCAGAUUUGGGUGACUGCUGCUAAACUAGAAGAGGCUCACGGCAACACACAUAUGGUAGAAAAGAUCAUUGACCGAGCGAUAACCUCACUGAGCGCCAAUGGUGUUGAAAUAAACCGCGAGCACUGGUUCAAAGAAGCUAUGGAAGCUGAGAAGUCUGGUGCUGUUCAUACUUGUCAGGCAAUUAUCCGUGCUGUAAUUGGACAUGGAAUUGAACCUGAAGAUCAAAAACACACUUGGAUGGAAGAUGCAGAAGCUUGUGCAAAUGAAGGCGCGUACGAAUGCGCCCGCGCAGUGUACGGGUACGCUCUGUCCGUGUUCCCUUCGAAGAAGUCAAUAUGGCUGCGGGCGGCCUACUUAGAGAAGCAACACGGCACAAGGGCCAGUUUGGAAGCUUUGUUACAGAGAGCGGUGGCGCAUUGUCCCAAGUCUGAAGUUUUGUGGCUCAUGGGUGCCAAGUCUAAGUGGAUGGCAGGUGACGUACCGGCGGCUCGAGGCAUCCUGUCGCUAGCUUUCCAAGCGAAUCCCAAUUCUGAAGAGAUCUGGUUGGCGGCCGUCAAGCUUGAAAGUGAAAACAGAGAGUACGAUAGAGCGAGACGAUUACUGUCCAAAGCUCGGGCGUCAGCCCCAACACCGAGGGUAAUGAUAAAAUCAGCAAAACUGGAAUGGGCCCUGAAUAACUUAGACGUCGCGUUGACGUUGUUAGAAGAGGCGAUUAGAGUGUUCGGCGACUACGCCAAGUUACACAUGAUGAAGGGACAGAUUGAGGAACAAAUGAACAACGACGAAGAAGCGAGAAACACUUACUCGCAAGGGCUCAAAAAAUGUGCCACCAGUGUAGCAAUGUGGAUUUUGCAGUCGAGGCUAGAAGAGAAACUCCAGAAUGUUACUAAGGCUAGAUCAGUUUUAGAGAAAGCCAGACUUAGAAAUCCCAAGAACCCAGAGUUAUGGCUUGAGAGUGUGCGGCUUGAAAGACGCAACGGCAGCGCGGAGAUCGCCAACGCCCUGAUGGCCAAAGCGUUGCAGGAGUGUCCCAACGCCGGACGGCUCUGGGCCGAGGCUAUCUUCAUGGAGUCGAGACCUCAAAGGAAGACAAAAAGUGUGGAUGCAUUGAAAAAGUGCGAGCAUGACGCUUACGUACUGCUAGCGGUAUCUCAGCUGUUUUGGACAGAAAGGAAAAUAAACAAGUGUCGCGAGUGGUUCAACAGAACGGUGAAAAUAGACCCAGAUUUAGGAGACGCUUGGGCAUAUUUCUACAAAUUCGAGUUAUUACACGGCACUGAACAGCAGCAGGAGGAAGUCAAAACUCGAUGUAAAACCGCUGAGCCGCAUCACGGAGAAGCUUGGUGUAAAGUUUCUAAAGAAAUAGGCAAUUGGUGCUUGAGUACUGAACAGAUACUUUUAUUAGUAGCUAAUAACCUACCUGUACCUACGUGA